UUUAGAUUUAAUAUUUAGAUUUAGAUUUAACAUUUAGAUUUAACAUUUAGAUUUAGAUUUAGAUUUAGCAUUUAGAUUUAGAUUUAGCAUUUAGAUUUACCAUUUAACAUUUAGGUGCCACAUUUAAUAUUUAGAUUUAACUAUUUAAUAUAUUUCUAAUUUAACAAAUAUUGCUGUAAAUGUGGUAAAAGGUGACGUUAAAAAAAUCACAAUACUUUUUUAAACAUUGUUUGAAGCUAAAUGUGGCAAAAUGUUGAUGUUAUUUUCAGCGUGAGACACUUUACAAACGGCACCCCAUAAACUUUUGCCACUCGUGGUCAAAAUUUCAUUUACUGUGAAUAGUUAAGUUAGAAGAUGAACUGAUCUCCAAAAGGCAUGAAGUGACAGAUGAAACAUGCUUUUCACCAUUUUAAGCAAGAUCAGUGUUUUAAUUUUGCUUUGUACAAUUUUAGGAGAGCAGCACCAUGCAAAGGUCUGGGCACCCCGAGCUCUCAGACAACUUUUCCCAGGGUCUCAGAUGUUAAUGAGCUUGUUCGGGCUCUGGCUUGUUCACAGUCAUCGUUAGGAAAGGCCUAAUUUUGAAGCUUUAUAAAGACUCUGACUCCUGAAAGCUUGUCCCAACAAUCAACAGCCAUGAGCUCCUCUAAACAGCUGCCUAGCACUCUGAAAACUAAAAGACCUGAUGAAGACUAGAAGAAGAUAGCAAAGUGUUUUCAGGGAGCUGUUUCCUCAGUUGGUCAUGUCAGUAAGAAAUGGCAGUUAACAGGAACUGUGGAGGUCAAGCUGAAAACUCUCUGAGAGAGCUGCUCGUAGGAUUGUUAGAAAGGCAAAUCAAACCUCUGUUUGACUGCAAAAGACCUGCAGGAAGAUUUCUCAGACUCUGGAGUGGUGGUGCACUGUUCUACUGUGCAGACACACCUGGACAAAUAUGAGCUUCAUGGAAGAGUCAUCAGAAGAAAACCUUUCCUGUGUCCUCACCACAACAUUCAGCCUCACAAGUUUGCAAAGGAACAUGUGAACAAGCCUGAUGCUUUUUGGAAACAAGUCCUGUGGACUGAUGAAGGUAAAACAGAACUUUGUGGACACAAUGAGCAAAGGUAUGUUUGGAGAACAAACUGUUAAACAUGGGGGUGGAUGGAUGAUGCUUUGGGCUUGUGUUGCAGCCAGUGGCACGGGGAACAUUUCACAGGUAGAGGGAAGAAUGGAUUCAGUUAAAUUCCAGACAUCACAGCAUCUGUAAAAAAGCUGCAGAUGAAGAGAGGAUGGCUUCUACAACAGGACAAUGAUCCUAAACACACCUCCAGAUCCACAAUGGACGACCUCAAGAGGAGCCAGCUGAAGGUUUGGCCACGCCCCUCACAGUCCCCCGACCUAAACAUCAUUAAACAUCUGUGGAUAGAGCUCAAAGAGCAGAGCAUGAAGACGGCCCAAGAAUCUCACAGAGCUAGAAGCCUUUUGCAGGAAGAAUGGCUGAAAAUCCUCCAAACAAGAACUGAAAGACUCUGAGCUGGAUACACAAAGUGUUUAGAUGAUACCUGCCAAAGGGGGCGCUACUGAGCACUGACCAUGCAGGGUGCCCAAACUUUUGCUUCAGUCCCUUUUCAUUUUUUGUCAUUUUGAAACUGUAAAAUAUUGAAAUUAAAAAGUAAUCUUGCUUAAAAUAUUGAAGAAAUGUUUUAUAUUUAACGUCAUGUCUCUUCAUCUUCUACUUACUUAACUACUACUCACAGUAAACGAAAUUUUGACCAGGGGGGCCCAAACUUUUCAAUGCCACAGUAUAUGCGCAAUAUAUUUUGGAUAUUCCAGAUUAAAUAGUAUUCAGUGUACAUUGUGUCCACUAGAUGGUAGAAUUAAGUUAGAGUACACUGGACAUCAUGUUUAGCAAUCUAUUCUGAGUGUGUUGUUGAUGUGCAAUAAUUCUUAUAUAAAAUAAAUUCCUAAAAUUAUUUGUGUUACCACUUCUUCAUAUAACUGAUAAUAGGUCUGCUGCUGAAUUCAGUGUCAUGUUUCACUCGGCAGAACUCAGACUUAAUAAGCCAGUAGUGAUAAAAUUGUGUGAACUGUCAUUAAGGCAGAUGAGCGGAGUGUUAGCUGGUAAACAUCACGUUUAUUCACUUUACAUGGAGCUAAAAUUAACACUGAAUUAUGCAAACUGUUUGCCUCAUGCGUUAUUGUCUGUUUAUGUAAGAAAUCAUAAAUCAUGUUUUAGAAGGAGCAGAUGUUUACCGUUAGGUAGCUCGGGCUGUGUUGAAUUUAACAAUAUGCUAACGGAGCAAGGCAAGCUAAUCGCUAACACGCUUGGUUAAAAAGGAAAACAACAAAUGCUUUGAGACGGCUGUCAGAGACAACAUGAUCACAUUAUACCUUCUUAGCUAUAACAGGCGCUGUGUUCCAUGUUUUAUUUCUUAAUCGCUCCAGAAAAGAGGACUAACAUACCGUUAGCAUACUGUUCUAGACUGCUACCAUAGGAAAAUGCCGGUUUGGGUUUAGUGCCUGUAAUUCAUGCAAGGUAACAUGGGAGCCAGGAAUAAGGUGGAUACAAAGCUCAAUUUUCCUGAAUAAAACACCAUGUUUGUGUUUAAGAAGAAUUUCUAUAUAAUUUACACUGGAUGAAAACACACAGGCUGUGGUACGUUACGGCCACAGUGGCUUAAAAAGCUUCCAGAGGACAUUCACUGUCUUCAGUCACCAGGAGUUCAAGACCCACGCAAAAUGGACUGUCCUAAAUACUAAGUUGAAGUUGUGUAGAGGACAGGUGAUAGGUACGUAGCCAGAACUACCUACUAACAAGAGCCCACACUGGCCAACGUAGUUGCUAUGUUAAAAAGGGGCAUACUGACGCCAACCAAUGGCAUGGAAGCGUCUUAAGAGGUCAGAAAUGUUCUUGUUAACAGGACAUUUUCUGUCAUCUUAAAGCUACUCUUACCUUUCUUGCAUUUCACACAGCACUUAGAAAAAAUUUGAACAUACACAAGUCCCACCUCCCUCCCUCUGCAACUCUACCUCCCUGCAAAGGCCUACUCCCCCCUCCCCCAUUACGUCCUCAUUACGUAUAUGAUAGACGUAGGCGUCGGCAAGGUAACGUUAGAUACACGGAAGAGGAGAGCGAGUGUAAUGUUACAACCAAGAACCCUGGGUUUUAAAACUCAACCGGAGUCAGUGAUGACUGAUGAGUUUUAGACUAAGGUUACAGUGCUAACGUUGGAUAGUAGCGUUAAUGUUACUAGGAGGUGUGGCCUGUGAUCAGACUGACGUACUUCUAACAGGCAGGGAAAACACCUUCCAUCCGCCUGCAGCCCCGAGCACAUGAUCUGCAGCAACACACUGAAUCAAACGUACCCUGAGGACCUGCGUGGGGGGAACCCAGAGUCCUGGUCAGUCCUCAGGGGAUCCAACACGUGGUCUGAGGACCUUUGAGAGGACUGGAUAAGUCAACACAGAAGGCUGCUUCCUGUUUCCACCCCGACCGUCAGUCUGAACCCAAGACAUCCAUACCACAAUCACAGCAGCUGCUGAGCAUUCAGACUUCUCACCACACACACUGCAGGUUGAGCUCCUGAUGAUGCCUUCUUCCUCCAACUCCAGCUCUGUAGGAGCUGAGGAGGGGAAGCAGUGCAUCCUCAAUGACCAGAUGGGACCCUUCACCGUCCUCUACAUCCUCAUCUUCAUCAUCAGUCUGCCUGGAAUCCUGCUGUCUGUGUGGACCUUCAUCUGCAGCCCCAGAGCCAAGCAGAGCACCAGCGUGUACCUGGUCAACCUGCUGGUGGCCGACCUGCUGCUGCUGCUCGCUCUGCCCUUCAAGAUCCUGAAGGACCUUGGGGCAGCGCCGUGGAGCCUCAUGGUGUUCCACUGCCAGGCCAGCGGUGUCACCAUCUACAUCAGCCUCUACGCAUCCAUCGCCUUUCUGGCCCUCAUCAUCACUGACCGCUACCUGCAGGACUGCCAAACUCUGCGCUCUCUACGGCUCCAGGAGGUCGGCUUCGCCCGGCUGCUGUCGGUGGUCGUCUGGCUGCUGCUGCUGCUCAUCAUGGUGCCCAACAUGGCUCUGCCCAUACAGCAAGUACAGGAGCGGCGGUACCUCAGCUGUUCAUCUCUGAAGAAUGACAUCGGCCUCCACUGGCACACCCUGACCGUCUUCCUCUGCACAGCGUUGUUCCUCAACGCCUCUGUCAUCGUGCUCCUCUCCAGCGGCCUGGCUCUCAAAAGACUCCUGCACAGCCGCAAAGACCCCAAACUCUGGGUUGACGCCCGGCAGGCAGCAGUGAGCCUGGCGGCCAUGGUGUUGGCCUAUAUCCUCUGCUUCGUGCCUUACCACGUCGUCAGGACGCCAUACACGUUGGCCCAGACUGAAGUCAUCACGGAUUGCCACACCAAGAGGCAGCUGUUUCUAGGGAAGGAGUCGACGCUGCUGCUGAGCGUGCUCCACCUCUGCUUCGACCCCCUGCUCCUCUACCACCUCCACACACAGUUCAGACAGACGGUUCACAAGAUGUUCCCCUGCAGCAGGGAGCAGACGAUCAGCGACACAGAGGAACAGGCUGCGAAGGAAAUGAUGGAACCUGCAACUUCCGCGCAGCAAGAGGACGCCGUCUAACCACAGAUGUUCUGUUCAUAUCUAACACAGAUAUACACAAGACACAUGGAACAAAGAAUGAUGCAGAAACUGAGACACAGGACAUGUUAACUGUAGCUUAGCACAAAGACUGGGAGCAUAUGGAAACUGCUCGCCUGACGACACACCUUCAACAGCUCCACAUGGACAAAAAACUGUUUUCGAAAAGUUUGCUUAUGCACCAAAUCAAUCUCAUGACACCAGGACUCCUGAGAAACCUGAAAUAAUUUGAAUCAAAGACUUUUAAUAAUUAUUUAACUGCAUGUAUGAUCCUUGUUCUGUGUUAAGUUGGUGUUGAGUUUCUGAGAAUCUUUACAUGUAUCGUCCCUAAUUUACAUUGAUUCAUGCAGUCUGAUGCCGUUAAAGUUUCUUUACAUCUGUAAUAUUUGUAAAAACCAGAGUGAAUAGACUCUCUGCUUAUCUGAAUUAUGAUGAGUUCAGACACAUUAUGUUGUUAAAAUGAAUAAUAAAUGGAGCUGAGAGUGUCA